AUGGACUUCAAAUCGAGGCCUAAAGGGGUAUGCUACGCGUACGCCAGCAACCGCCACUGCAAGUACAAGAAUUGCAAGUUCAGCCACGACCAGCAAGGCUUCCAGGGCACUCGCGCUCCAAGAAACCAAAACAGCAACAACAACAACAACAACAACAACAACACAAAUGACCUACUCACCUGGAAACGCCACCUCCAGCAGAACGGACGCCCCCACUACAAGCCAACCAGCCUCAAACACUUCUUCCAAACAGCCCUCAAGCUCAUCUCCAUCGACCCCAACACCCAACAGGACGUCAUCCGCAGUUUAGCCACAGAAGCCGGCCUGCGCCAGCUCCUAUUUCUUGUCGAGCGCGACAACGACAAAGAAAUCCCUUUCAUGGACGACAACAACAACGACGCCACCAAAAUCGCCACCUACACCAACGAGGUAGCCCCGUUCCUCGCGGUCGUCACGCACGCAGACGUGCUCGCCUCGCUGGUUCUCGAGCAGGCGGUCGUCACUAUCUACAAUUUCUUGUACGGUGUUGCCGGCCGUCGCGCGGGACCCUUUUUGGAGUUCCUGGCGGAUGUGGUUCAGUUGUUGGUCCGGAAGGGUGAGGGCGGGACUGAUGCUGGUUCUGGCUCCGGUCUUGACCCUGAUCCUGUAGGGGCGUGUAUCGACGCCGCGUUGUCAGUCUUCUGGCAUAUCGUGGAGAAGAACUCUACAGCGUUUGUGCAGGAGCCGCUGAAGCAGAUUGCCAUGCGAUUCCAGGCCCUAUGCGAGACCGCUGUGUCGCCGUCACCUCAGGCGCAGACGCUCCUAGACAGACUGCUGCGGCGGUUUGAACUCGUAUCGAACGUGUCUGUGCGACCCGCGCAGAAAAGUAGCAGCAGCAGCGCUGCGGCUCCUGCGGCUUUUAUCGUGAAGAAAGACCCCCCCGGCGGGCGCCACGACAACGACCACGUGGAUAUCUGCAAUGUGAAAAUCCUGCCCACCUUCCAGGAGAUACUGAGUUCGCGGACAGAGUACCUCCCCGUUAAGGAUCCGCGGCAGUGGCACGAAGGCGGGAUUGCUGGACUUUUGGACAGGCAUUUUCGGUUGCUCAGAGAAGACACGGUGGGCCAGUUGAGGGACGCAAUCCAUGCCGAGUUGCAGUCAAGCACGGUUGAUUCUCGUGGUAAGAAGUAUGGUAAUAACCAGACGAGGACGCACGUGUACAAAGAAGCCACGAUCAAACGUCUGGGUUUGAACCGCUUUGCUGGUCUGCGCGUGCUGGUCGACUUCCCGCAACCGUCGAACGUCCGCGGGAAGACCAAGGCCCAACGGCGGGACUGGUGGGAAGCGUCGAAGCGACUCCAGACGAGCGCGCUGGUGUGUCUGGUCCGGUCGCCUGGAUUCGCUAUUUUCUGCACGGUGGCAGGACCAGACUGGCCGAGGCUUUUGAGCCCGGAUGGGGAACAGCGGCAGCAGCCCGCGCCGCUGAAAUCGUCGCUCUGGGAAGACGAGAAUGUUGCGUCAAUUAUCGUCGAGCUAGCCGAGCCAACGGAGGAGAAUAGGCUUAGUGUGAUGGGCUGCCACGGUGCCAACGAUCGCGGGCGGGCAAUCUCACUCGUGGAAUUCCCGGGCGUGCUUCUGCCGUCGUUUCAGCCGACUUUACUGGCGCUCCAGAAUAUGAAGGCUAAUUCGAAUCUCCCGAUGCCGGAAAUCCUGGUCGCUGACGCGGGAGAUACCGCUGACUAUGUUGAUGUGCCUCCACCGGCAUAUGCCAGCAGGCCCGGGUUCGGCUUCAAUCUGCAAUGUCUCAUGGAUGAUCGGUCAACUCUUGAGGUGCGGCCGUCGCAGCCGGUCGACUUGGAAAGACUACAGCAGCACUCCACGCUCGAUGCGGGACAGGCCAAAGCUCUGGUCCACACGCUGCAGCGGCGUGUCGGGCUGAUCCAAGGCCCGCCAGGCACAGGAAAAAGUUACACCGGUGUUGCGCUGAUCAAAGUCCUCCUAGCUAACAGGAACAAGAUACGCCAGUUCGGGCCGAUAAUAUGUCUGCUGGAGGAUGUCCUGGAAAGCAAAAUCACAAACCAGGUUAUCCGCAUUGGCUCGCAGUCAAAAUCCGAGAUCUUGCAGUCAAAGAAUCUCCGAGAGGUCUCGCGAAACGUCGACUUGACGAGAUUUGAGAAACGGGACCGAUACAACCUGCAAACAGAGUUCGAUGGGCUUGAACAACAGUUUGACACCCUGAAACUAGAAUCUUUCGACUUGAGAAAAUAUCUUGCCGCUCACGACCCGGAACGUUUUCUCCAGCUGUUUGGGAAAGAUAAAGAUGGCUUCCAACGAUAUUCGAAAGGUGGACCACAAAACAUCAUAGACUCGUGGUUGCAUUCAGGCAAAGUAAGCAAGGCCAAGCCUCGCAGAUUGCGCGAAUUGGAGAAAGUGCACGUCGACCAGAUGACAGCAAGAGAACGCAGGAUUCUCCAUGACCAUUGGAUUGAUGAGCGUCGGGCCAGUCUCCACGCUGAGGCCAACGUCAUUUUAUCCCAGCAUCUAAAGACCAAACGCUCGUACGACGAUAUCAAAGACGAGGUGAACCUCCGAUGUCUUCGCGACGCCCAUGUCGUCGGGAUCACGACAACCGGUCUAGCUCGCAACCUGAAUAUGCUCCGCCGACUACAGUCUAAGGCAAUAUUAUGCGAGGAGGCUGGCGAAGUCCUGGAGGCUCACAUGCUUACCUCGCUGCUACCGUCCGUGGAGCACGUCAUACUAAUCGGAGACCAUCAGCAGCUGCGGCCACAAAUCCAAAACUACGCGCUAUCCCGCGAAAGCAACGUUGGUCAGAAGUAUUCUCUAGACUUAUCGUUAUUCGAACGACUAGUCCAACCGGACGACGACAGUGGGGGGAGAAUGCCGUUUUGCACGCUGGAGACGCAGCGCCGCAUGCACCCGUCAAUCGCUCAUUUGGUCCGAGAUACGCUGUACCCCCGGCUGAAAGACGCGACCUCUGUCGGUGAAUAUCCCGAGGUCAUGGGGAUGCGCAAGAGGCUGUUUUGGCUUGACCAUCGGCGGCUUGAGGGCAGAGCCGCCAGUGACGAGGCGGUCAGUACGUCACACUGGAACGACUACGAGAUAGACCUUACAUUGGCUGUGGUCAGUCACCUUCUCCGCCAGGGCGUCUACUGCAGCGGUGACAUUGCGGUCUUGACGCCGUACCUGGGCCAGCUACAUCGGAUGCGGCGGAGACUGUCCCAGUCUUUCACCAUCGCUCUUGGAGAACGCGAUCAGGAAGACCUCGACAAAGCGGGAUUCGCAGACGAGGACACGGCUAACAAAGAAGAGGUACCGACAAGCGCAACCGUCGCCAGAUCGACCGUCCUCCAGGCUUUGAGAGUUGCCACUAUAGACAAUUUCCAAGGCGAGGAGGCCAAAGUAGUGGUCAUCUCCCUCGUCCGAAGCAACAACCAGAACCAGUGCGGGUUCCUCCGGACGCCAAACAGAAUCAACGUCCUGCUCUCCCGCGCACGACACGGCAUGUACAUCAUCGGCAACUCAGAAACCUCAAGAGGCGUUGAGAUGUGGGCCCAGGUCUUGGACAUCCUCGACAAAGCGGGCAAUUUAGGGCCGACCCUGGACCUGCAAUGCCCUCGCCAUCCGGACUCGCCUAUCGCGGUAUCCGAGCCAGAACAUUUCACGCAGUUCUCGCCAGAAGGAGGAUGUAACCUGCUGUGCGGAAAGCGCUUACAAUGUGGCCACCCGUGUAAGCAGAAAUGCCACUCCGAAUUGCUCCAUCAAGCGGUUUACUGCCUCGAGACGUGUCCGCGGCCUUUAAAAGGAUGCACCCACGCGUGCCCCAAGCCGUGCGGGGAUCCAUGUCCCAAGAGAUGCCCUAUCAAAGUGUUUGACGCUGAACGAGUGCUGCCCUGCGGACAUUCGAUGGCCACUCUCCCUUGUUGGCAGGCUCAAGAUCUCAGCACAGUAAAGUGCCCAAUGCCCGUCAAGAAGCAAGUCCGCCAUUGCGACCACGAGGUGACAGUCGCAUGCCACAUUGACCUAUGUCGCAGCAAUUUGCCUUGUGGCCAUAGCUGCAACCGCGAGUGCUGGCAGUGUACAGUCCACGGGGCUGAGGGUAUCCAGGUUGACCAUGGCACAUGUACCGAAAAGUGUGGCCGGCCGUACACGACCUAUUGCCCGGUCCAGUGCGGCCAUUCCAGGUGUCCCCGAAAAUGCUCGGAGCCAUGCGCCCCGUGUGCAGUGCCCACGUGUCUGUCGGCCUGUCCUCAUAGCGCCUGCACCAUGCCCUGCGCCGCUCCGUGCGACCAUACACCGUGCUCCCUCCGAUGUGACAAGGUCCUAUCCUGUGGCCACCGGUGCCCGUCGCUGUGCGGGGAAGUUUGUCCCAAUGCGAAGUAUUGCCAGACCUGCGCAACUGACGAGAUCGCCGACACCCCCGUUGAUUUCAUUCUAAGCCUGACAUAUAGGGAGAUCGAUCUUGACGAGAGCCCUUGCAUCUUUCCUCCGUGUGGUCAUUUUCUCACCGUGGAGAGCAUGGAUGGGCAGAUGAAUCUUAAGAAACACUAUGUUAUGAACGAGAUGGGAAAGCCCGUUGCCAUUGCAUCGUCGUCAGCGCCAUUCUCCAAUGAUGAUAGUGUCCGGACGUGCGCCACCUGCCGAGGCUCUUUAAGAAGUAUCGCCCGCUACGGGAGACUGGUAAGGCGUGUACUGCUAGACGAAGCCACAAAGAAGUUCAUCUUGUAUCUGAACCAAGCAUAUGUGCCGAUGGCCGAGAAGCUGCCGCAGCUAAUCGCAGACCUCCAGAAUCGGGAACUGGGACAUGUGGCCCGACUUUUCCGGAAAGAGAUGGCGAUCAAGAUCCAGGGACCUCCUGACCAUCAGGUCGAACUCAUCAACAGUCAUCUCAGAAAGUGCGGCAGCACAAGGUGGCAGGAUAUGAACCAGCUGAGGAGCCAAAUUGUGGCAUACUACAAGAAGGUGGAUCUGGAGGAGCAGCCGUUUACCCAGGUGUGGAGCCGCGUGGAGGACGCACGUCGGCGAAAACGAACCACCGGGCAGCUCGCCAUGGACGAAAGCGUACUCCAGACCAAAGGCAGCAUCCAAGCACUGUCUCUGCUGAUCCGCCUGGACACCACCCUCCUGGGCGACUUCUUCUCGCUGCAUAAGCGAGUCCAGCUCGCACAGAGCACCCUGGAAGUCAACCUGCGCGCAAACCGUCAGCAGUGCCAGGCCUUGAUCGACAUGGCCGCCAGUUCGCGCCGAGUGUUGCAGCAGAUCGAGGGCAAUCUGUUCCAGGCCCAACUGUGCGCUCUGGAACGACAGGCCGGCACUGAGCCCGCUCAAGCUGAGAACCUCCUCCAAAAAGGGAAAGCGGCUCUCGAUGCGGCCAAGCUGCUGUGCGAACAACAUCCCGGUCAAGCGCGCGGGCUCGACGGCGAAAUUGAAGGCACGGAACAGAUGCUCUGCGCAGGGAAUUUCUACGCCCCGAUCACCAGCGAGGAACGCGUCGCGAUCGUGAAGGCCAUGGCUCGGGAGUUCUUAGGUACCGGGCAUUGGUAUUACUGCGAGAAUGGCCAUCCAUUUACUAUCGGAGAAUGCGGAGGCGCUGUGCAACUGUCUAGAUGUCCUGAGUGUGGAUCGCCCGUGGGUGGCCAGCGCCAUCGAACUGCCACCGGGGUGACGCGUGCCACGGAUUUGGAAGAGGACUUGGGAAGGUUGCAGAUAGCAUGAUUCUAG